AUGACAGAUUUGGGUACAUCAGCAGCUAAAGAAGCAAAAGAAUAUUUUUCUAAUAUGGAUCGUCAUCGUAUUAUAUUUAAAUAUGAAUCAAUAAAAGAUGAUUUUCCUAUACAAAUAGCAUUGAAUUGUACAUGUUUACAUGAUGGUGGUGGUGGUGGUGAUGCAGCUUCAGCACAUUAUAUAUGUACUCAACUGAAUGUUCUUCUUAUUGAUGCACAUGAUAUUGAGAUUAGUUAUUCAACUGAUAUUCCAUCUUAUAAUCCAUUAACAUUAAGUAAUAAUAAUAUGAAAUAUUAUAUUAAACAAGAAUGUGAACAACAACAUCAAUUAAAUAAUCCAAUAAGUCAACCAAAACAAUAUCCAGAUAAUUAUGAUGAUAUACGUGCUCUUAUUAAUGAUGUUUGUACUAAACUUGAUGGAACAUCUGUUGAAAUAACUAAUUUACUAAUUAUUCGGGUUGUUGUUCAAUUAUCAUUAGCAGCACAAUUCGCUAAAUUUAAUCAAUCUGAUCUUUAUAAAAUUUUUCAUUUACAACAAACAUUUAAAUUAACAAAUGUGGUUCUUUUUGAUCAUAAUGCUGUAAACAAAAAAAGAAAAUCUUUGGAAGAUUUAUAUGAAGAUGAUCUUCAUCAUUUUGAAGCUGAAUAG